AUGGAUCUUCCAGAACAAGACAAGGUAGUGAGCCCCUUCAAGCCCCCAACCUCCCAUAGGCAGGGAGGCCCGGUCUGCUCUGGGAAACAGUUCAAGCAGGAAAAGAGGGAACCAGUGCCCCCAGAGAGUCCAGAGGUUGGGAAGCCCCAGGAGUGGAACUGCAAGCCCCCCGGGGCAAAGGGCGGCCUGCUGGAGCCCCACCCAUCCCUGCUCCUGUCCUGUGGAGUAAGCUGGCAGCACAGAGUGACAGAAGUGAGUGUCCCUUCAGGGGUGGGGCGAGGGGUGGCCUGGGGUUGUGUCCGGGACGCGCUAACCCUGCUGUGUGGCUCUGUCCAUCUUCCUCCCGCCCCAUCCCAUUGCCAUGGCAACAGAGUGGGAGCCAGGCCUGGUGAGUACACAUCCUUAUCCUGGGGGCUCGUGGGUGCGGGGUCCCCCCAGGGGACCCAGGAAGACAGUCGCUCAGGAUGGCGAUGGUGGUUCUUCCUGCCACAGUGGAAAGACCGAAGGCGGAGCAGCGGGAAGGUCCGGUGCCAGCAGCCCAGCACCCCUGGGGGCUCCCGUGCCGGGACCCAGCACGGCCAUGGGUCUGAUGGGAUUCCCUCCCGAGGGCAAAGAGGCACAGGCCCGGCACUGCUGAACUUGGAGGCAAAGUCAGAAGAUGAGGACUCCCUGACUGACUCGGCUGAGCUCUCCUCCAGCUCCUGGGAGGACCUUGAGGAAGACUUCACCAAGGCCACCAGAGUGGCCCAGGCCUCUGUCAGAGGAGCCCGCCCAGCCCUGAGGCCCACAUCCCAGGACCUCAAGGUCCUCGGGGACACAUGGGUGCGGCCGGGCGCCUUGCCAGGCCAGUCCGAGAGCUUGGGUGUGCCGUGCAAGGUCCAGAGGCUCCAAGUGCUGCGGCACGGGGCCCACGUCCUCGCCACGGCCGUCAACAGCCUCACGCGCCACGUGUUCACUUGCGGCUUGGGCGGCCUCAAGGUGUGGAGCCUGGCCGCCCAUGAGGCCCUGGACACCUUCCCCGAGAGCCACCUGCACUGGCCUGUCCAGACCCCCGGCGCGUACCUGCGCACCUGCCUGCUGGGCCCCAACGGCAAGGUGCUCCUCGCGGGAGGCCACAACCUGCCGGGCAUCAGCGUCUGGGACCUGCUGGCGCCGGACCUGCGCAACCCGGAGCAGCUGCCUUGCGCGGGGCUCUCCUGCCAGGCCCUGGACGCCAACAUCAGAGGCAGCCUGGCCUUUGCGGGCUUCAGCAACGGCAUCGUCAGGGUCUGGGACCUUCGGGACCAGAGCGUGAUCAGGGACCUCCCUUGUGGGCCAGGUGAGGCCAACACUGUGGUGAUCAAAGAUGACAACGUCUGGACCGGGGGCCUAAACGGCUGUCUGCGAUGCUGGGACCUCAGGGCGUCUCGCAAGUCCCAGAAGCACCUCUUCAAGUCUCAGAUCACGAGCCUGUCGCACAGCCCCUGGGAGGACUGGCUGCUUGUGGGCCUGGCCAGCGGGCAGCACUGGCUGCAGCCCACCCUCGGGGACCAGGCGCAUACAGCAGGGCACAAGAAUGGCGCCAUCCUGGGGCUCAAGUUCUCCCCAUACGGCCAGUGGUGGGUAAGUGUCGGCACGGACAGGCUGGCCACCAUCCACAGCAUGCCCAUGGGGAACACAGAGUUCCAGGUGCCCGAGAAAUCCUGCCUCACCUGCUGCGAUGUGUCGGCCAGCAACAAGCUGAUGGUCACGGGCUCCAGGGACUGGGCCUCUGUGUACCAGGUCUCCUACUAAGGCCUUCCGCUGUGACUGGCUUCUCUCCUUCCUGCAAGGGCUGGGCCUCGGGAGGGGAGGCCAGGGGUCUGGGGAUGAGGGAUGAAGGUGAUAAAGCAAGAGGGAAAGAGCACUGGUGUCCCAUCCCUGGUGAGCUCCUUUCUGCCACACACUGUCCGGGAAGGGGCUGAGGGAGGUGCUGACCAUCACUUCCAGCAGGGCUGGGCUGGGCUGGGAGGUCCUUCCUGUCUUGGGGGACCAGGAGCCUAGAAGGGACAUCUGCGGUGGUCACAACAGAGUACUAACAUGAGGCCAGCAGAGGGGCUCUGCUGUGCACUGUGCUGAUAUUAAAACUAGUGGUAGCUGGGCGUGGUGAUGCACACCUGUAAUCCCAGCACUCAGGAGGGUGAGGCA